AUGGACCUGGUGCACCAGCUGUUCGCACCUAAUUGGCUCAACAAUUGCCCCCUCACCAGGAAGAGUCUUCGAACUUGGCCAAGUACUUCAGAAGCAUAUUUAACCUGGUUAGAUCGAGUAGAAGCCGCUUUUGGUGACUUUUGGCAAGAGGUUGGGAUAUAUGAAGCUAUUCAAUUGUCUCGGCAUUCUCCCAUUGUCGAUAAUCUUCUUCUAGCCGCCGCUUUAUGUUUUUGGUCCCCCGCUUCUAAUGUUUUUCUUUUCAAAAGAGGACCUUUUACCCCUACUCUUUUUGACGUGGCCGCCAUUACUGGCUUGCGCCCUCACGGCGUUUCUAUUUCUAUGUCUUAUAAUCCUGACGGCGUAUCUGAAUUCGAGGAUCGUUUAGACCUCAAUGACUUGGCUUACUCCAAGUUUAUCCGCAAAUUCGCAGGUGAAUUCCCUGCUCCCGUUACUAAGAAUGAACAUACAUCAUUUCUCCUUUAUUGGUUAUGCCAUAAUCUUUUCUGUACUCGUUCGCAGAAAAUUAAUCGUGAUUUUGUUCCAAUCGCCGUCGGUUUGUCUAACGGCGAUAGAUUAGCUCUAGGACCUUACUUCCUUGCCUUUGUCUAUAGAGAAAUUUUUAAUUCUCUCAAAACACUACAUUCUGGAGAUGGUAUUGCCAUUAGUUCUGGCUGCGGUGUCUUCUGGUUUCUUCAAAUGUUUUUACAAUUUUAUAUUCCCGCUUUGUGCCAGUCUCCUUUUAACCCGACUUCGGUUGCUCAAUUUGAUUCUUAUGGGUUAGCUCUCGGCUGUCCACAGCCGAUGACUCUGGGUCAACCCUCUGAUUUUCUUACUUAUUUUAAAAUUUUUUAUGAGCCGAGUCCUGAAUCGGCUGUUUCUUGGGCUCCUUUCCCUGACCGUCUUACUGGUCCUUCUUGGUUUCUUGCCCGGUUUGAAGCCAUCCGAGAUGAGUUGGCCUCUUCUCGUGCUAGUGAAUACUUAGAAGUCCGGUAUUCCUAUUUGACUCCGAGGGAUCUUCAUGUGGGGUUGAAAUCGCGCUCCAAACUAUUACCGAGCACUGAAGCUUAUUCCCCUCAGUAUGUGGCCCGUCAGUUUGGGUUUGUUCAACCGAUUCCCGCUCCAUCAAAAUUUUUCACAAUUAAUACAGCCGAUCACCGGCCCCCUACUAAAAGCAUAGCCGAAGCUGAUAAGAUUUCAGCUAUGGGAAAUCGCCUUCGUCGAUUCUUUAAAUUGGUGAGCUUCAGGCCGAAUUACACAGGAGUUGCUCUCACUGGUUAUGCUACUUCAACUCCAGCUUCUUCAUCAGUCCCAACUUCAAAUAAAAGACCAACUGAAACUGUACAAGUUACUCCUCCGCCGACUUCGAAACGGCGUAAAUUAGUUGCUAAGCGGCAAUUUCGACAAGCCGAAGGUGUUCCUUCGGCUGACAAAUUAGAAGACACAGCCGAAGAUAUGCCUUCGGCCUCAAUUCCAACGACAAGAACCGAAGACAUACCUUCGGCUAAUAUUCCAUUAGAGGAAACUGUUGUGCCUUCCUCAGCUACAGAACAAAGCCAUGUCCCGACCGAAACAAUUGAUAUCGGGUUACGUCAAGUUAGCUGUCAGUAA